CCUCCUCAUCCUGGAGCUCGCCGAGCAGAGGCCUCCGAAGCUCUGCGAGCCUGGGCACAGCCCUCUGCUGGAGAGGAGCAAUCGACUUUUCUGCCCUGAAGAGCCGGCCCGACCUCCUUCCUCCGACUCGCGCUCUCCAGGUUCUUGCUUUUCCAAACAGAGAGGGCAGUGCAUGAAGCCAGGGGUCAUCAGCCAUUCUCCAGACAUGGUCUCAGGACACGCCCUCCCGGAAGUUCAGGCCCCUCCUUUUGCCCCCGUCCAGGGCUUGAGAAGAAGCCUGUUGUUUCAGGAGCCAGUGACCUUUGAGGACGUGGCUGUGUACUUCACCCAGAACCAAUGGGCCAGCCUGGACUCUGCGCAGAGGGCUCUGUACAGGGAGGUGAUGCUGGAGAAUUAUGUAAACAUAACCUCCUUGGCAGCAUUUCCACUCCCCAAACCAGAUCUGAUCUUCUGGCUGGAGCAAGGGGAAGAACCAGGGCACCUGGAUCCCUGGACACUGGUCGGGGAAGAGGACCUGAGAGGCAUCUGCAGAGGUGGUAAAGUCAAGACUGAGAACAGAGGGCAGACUACAGAGCUGAGCAUUUCGAAGGGACCAGAGUCUCACAAGUUGAUAACGGAGGUGCCGCUGGUGGAUGUUCCCAGGCACCCUCACUUUGAGAACAGCUUAGAGAAGCUGCAGCUCUAUGACCCAGGGAAGAAAAAAUACUCAAAGAACGGCAGUUUCACAGGUUUGCCAGUCCAGGAUCGUCCAUCCUCCACUGCUGGAAGAGAAGAGACAGCCAGACAAUUGCAAGGAGGCUGUGGUGUCUGCAUGCAUCUCAUUACUAAGCAGGGCCUCCCUAGAGAACAGGUAUUUUAUAAUUGUGGUGAGUGCGGCAGAUAUUUCAACCAACAUUCAGACCUUCACCAGCAUCAGAAAAUUCACAGGGACGAAAAGCCCUACAAAUGCAAAGAAUGUGGCAAAGCCUUUAGAUGUAACUCAAAACUGUCACGGCACCAGAAGAUCCAUACUGGGGAGAAACCGUACCCUUGCCAGGAAUGUGGGAAAGCCUUCAGUCAAAACUCACACCUCCUUCAGCAUCAGAAACUCCACAGGGGAGAGAAGCCCUACAAAUGUAAGGACUGUGGGAAAACCUUCGACUACAACUCGAAACUUAUCCGGCAUCAGCGAAUCCACACUGGGGAGAAACCCUUUAAGUGUAAGGAAUGUGGGAAGGCCUUCCGGUGUAACUAUGACCGCGUCAUCCAUGAGCGAAUUCACACUGGGGAGAAGCCGUAUGGAUGUAAGGAGUGUGGGAAAAGCUUCAGAUCAAAUUCAGUUCUGAUUCAGCAUCAGAGGAUCCACACCGGGGAGAAACCUUACAAAUGUAAAGAGUGCAGCAAGGCUUUCCGCCGGAGUUCGCUGUUUCUCCAGCACCAGAGGUUCCACACUGGGGAAAAGCUCUAUAAAUGUAACGAAUGUUGGAAAACUUUCAUUUGUAGCUCACGCUUUAUAGUACAUCAGAGAAUCCACACUGGGGAGAAACCUUAUGAAUGCCAGGAGUGUGGGAAGGCAUUCAACCAGAAAUUCACCCUGGUUCAGCACCAGAGAGUUCACACUGAGGAGAAACCUUAUGAGUGUAAAGUGUGUGGGAAAUCCUUCAAAUGGAGCGCGAGUUUCAUUCACCAUCAGAAAGUGCACACCAGGAAGAAACCCGACCAAGUUACAAGGCCAUCCCCGGUGAAGCCCUGCUGCCCCACUUCAGUCCUGUCCUCUCUGUCUCCCCAACAUGCGUGACCUGCCCCAGCCACGCCAGGGGCUCCCCUGUCUUGUUCACGGGCACUGCUGCUUCCUCCUGCUGUGCCUCCCUUCCUGUUGUUCCCCUCAUCGGAAAUGGCCAAGUCUUCACCUGUCCAAGUUGUGCAUUUCUUUCAGAAUCAUGCUUCUCCUUGGAAGUCGUCUACUCAUAGCCUGAACCCUUUACCUCAUUCCCUGUGAGCUCCUGCACGUUUCCAACUCCGUCAUCCCUAGUGUGGCAGACUUUCCUCUGGGCUUCUGCUCAUGUCUUUGAUGAUACUCUUCUGGUCUCCUAUAAGUAAGUCAUUAUUGUUUUCCCAGCUCCAUUUAAGUUCUCAUACUUAAGGACCAAGUUUGAUUACCCUCUUCUGUCCCCUGGUAGGGCAUCCCUGGUGGCUCAGACGGUAAAGAAUCUGCCUGCAGUGCAGGACACCUCAGUUCGAUCCCUGGGUUGGGAACAUUCCCUGGAGAAGGGAAUGGCUACCCACUCUAGUAUUCUUGCCUGGAGAAUUACACGGACAGCAGAGUCUAGUGGCCUACAGUCCAGCAGUUCAGUUCAGUUGUGCAGUCGUGUCCCAACUAUUUGCGACCCUAUGGACUGCAGCACACCAGGCUUCCCUGUCCAUCACCAACUCCCAGAGUUUACUCAAACCCAUGUCCAUUGAGUCAGUGAUGCCAUCUAACCAUUUCAUCCUCUUUCAUCCCUUUCUCCUCCUGCCUUCAGUCUUUCCCAGCAUCAGGGUCUUUUCCAAUGAGUCAGUUCUUCACAUCAGGUGGCCAAAGUAUUGGAGUUUCAGCUUCAGCAUCAGCCUUUCCAAUGAAUAUUCAGGACUGAUUUCCUUUAGGAUGGACUGGUUGGAUCUCCUUGCUGCCCAAGGGACUCUCAAGAGUCUUCUCCAACACCACAGUUCCAAAGCAUCAAUUCUUAUGUGCUCAGCUUUCUUUAUGGUCCAACUUUCACAUCCAUACAUGACUACUGAAAAAAAUCAUAGCUUUGACUAGAUAGACGUUUGUUGGCAAAGUAAUGUUUUUGCUUUUUAAUACGCUCUCUAGGUUUGUCAUAGCUUUUCUUCCAAGGAGCAAGUGUCUUUUAAUUUCAUGGCUGCAGUCACCAUCUGCAGUGAUUUUGGAGCCCAAAAAAAUAAAGUCUCUCACUGUUUCCAUUCUUUCCCCAUCUAUUUUCCAUGAAGUGAUGGGACCAGAUGCCAUGAUCUUAGUUUUCUGAAUGUUGAGUUUUAGUUCAACUUUUUCACUCUCCUCUUUCACUUUCAUCAAGAGGCUGUUUAGUUCUUUGCUUUCUGCCAUAAGUGUGGUAUCAUCUUUGUAUCUGAGGUUAUUGAUAUUUCUCCUGGCAAUCUUGAUUCCAGCUUAUGCUUCAUCCAGUCCAACAUUCCUCAUUAUGUACUCUGCGUAUAAGUUAAAUAAGCAGGGUGACAAUAUACAGCCUUGACAUACUCCUUUCCCGAUUUGGAACCAGUCUGUUGUUCCAUGUCCAGUUCUGUUACUUCUUUACCUGCAUAGAUUUCUCAGGAGGAAGUUCAGGCAGUCUGGUAUUCCCAUCUCUUUAAAUAUUUUCCGCAGUUGUGUUCCACAUAAUCAAAGGCUUUAGCAUAGUCAAUAAGACAGAAGUAGAUGUUUUUCUGGAACUCUUUCACUUUUUCAAUGAUCCAGCAGAUGUUGGCAAUUUGAUCUCUGGUUCCUCUACCUUUCCUAAAUCCAGCUUGAAUAUCUGGAAUUUCAUGGUUCAUGUACUGUUGAAGCCUGGCUUGGAGAAUUUUGAGCAUUACUCUGCUAGAGUUUGAGAUGAGUGCAAUGGUGUAGUAGUUUGAACAUUCUUUAGCAUUGCCUUUCUUUGGGGUUGGAAUGAAAACUGACCUUUUCCAGCUCUGUGGCCACUGCUGAGUUUUCCAAAUUUGCUGGCAUAUUGAGUGCAGCACUUUCACAGCAUCAUCUUUUAGGAUUUGAAAUAGCUCAACUGGAAUUCCAUCACCUCCAUUAACUUUAUUCAUAAUGAUGAUUCCUAAGGCCCACUUGUCUUCGCAUUCCAGGAUGUCUGGCUCUAGGUGAGUGAUCACACCAUCGUGAUUGUCUGGGUCAUGAAGAUUUUUUUUGUAUAGUUCUUCUGUGUAUUCUUGCCACCUCUUCUUAAUAUCUUCUGCUUCUGUUAGGGUCAUACCAUUUCUGUCCUUUAUUGUGCCCAUCUUUGCAUGAAAUGUUCCCUUGGUAUCUGUAAUUUUCUUGGAAGAGAUCUCUAGUCUUUCCCAUUCUAUUGUUUUCCUCUAUUUCUUUGCACUGAUCCCUGAAGAAGGCUUUCUUAUCUCUCCUUGCUAUUCUUUGGAACUCUGCAUUCAAAUGGGCACAUCUUUCCUUUUCUCCUUUGCCUUUGACAUCUCUUCUUUUCUCAGCUCUUUGUAAGGCCUCCUCUGACAACCAUUUUGCCAUUUUGCAUUUCUUUUUCUCGGGGAUGGUCUUGAUCACUGCCUCCUAUACAAUGUCAUGAACCUCCAUCCAUAGUUCUUCAGGCACUCUGUCAGAUCUAAUCCCUUGAAUCUGUUUGUCACUUCUGUAUAAUCAUAAGGUAUGUGGUUUAGGUCAUACCUGAAUGGUCUAGUGGUUUUCCCUCUUUCUUCAAUUUUAAGUCUGAAUUUGGCAAUAUGGAGUUCAUGAUCUGAGCCAUAGUUAGCUCCUGGUCUUAUUUUUGCUGAGUGUAUAGAGCUUCUCCAUCUUUGGCUACAAAGAAUAUAAUCUGAUUUUGGUAUUGACCAUCUGCUGAUGUCCAUGUGUAGAUUCCUGGGGUCACACAAAGAGUUGGACACGACUGAGCAAUUAACACCUUCACUUUCCCCUGGUAUGAAAUGGUAGUGUUUGUUCCUUUUUCUUUUUCUUUUUUUGACUGCACCAUGGUGCUUACUGGAUCUCAGUUCCCUGACCAGGGACUGAACGCAGGCCAAGGUAGUGAAAGCCUAGAAUCCUAACCAUUGGGCCACUAGGGAACCCCAGUAGUAUUUGUUCCUUUUUUAUUUAUUUAUUUUUUUUUCUGGCUGCUUCGAGUGUUUGUUGCAGCAUGUGAACUCUCAGUUGCAGCAUGUGAGAUCUAGCUCCCUGACCAAGGAUUGAACCUGGGUCCCCUGCAUUGGGAGCACGGAGUCUUAGCCACUGGAUCACCAGGGAAGUCCCAGUAUUUGUUCUUUAUCAUGCCCAGUUUUGGCCUACCGUCAGUCCACUCCUGCCUUCUAGGGAUACUAGAGUUGGAAGAAUUGGUAGAAUGUUUUGGGUUUUAGGAGGAUGGCAUUACAACAAGAAGGGCUAUCGUAAUUCAAAAAGUAGAGGAAAUGCAAAGUCUGUGGGAGGAAGUAACCAUGAAAAGUAUCCAAUGAUUACUUUCAGAAUUUCUGGAGGGCCCUUUGGUGGGGCCAGUAGCAAAGUUCACCGUGGGGCAUCUAGCCUUGGAUUUCUAUUACCUCGAUAGUGACCAUUAUCAGGAUCUUGUGUAACCAAGCUAUACAGCAGGAAAAUAAUCAGUGACAAGAACAUGAUUGAAAGGAGAUGUGGUUUUUCUGUUUGGGUUUCUUUGCUAUUCCCAUCCAUGUCACUGUUUAACUUUAGUGCCUACUCAAGUAUGUUGGUACAGAAGUGACUUGAGCUUGUGCCUUUGAGGGCAGGUCUCUGGGUGUGUCUGUAAAUUAGACAUGGGGUGAUCUUGUUGGCAUCACACUGGGAAACACCGGAGGGAAGAAGAGAAGCCCAACAGUGACUUGCUGUAGCUCCUGAAUUAGAAGAGAGCCUGUUCCUGAUCCGUUACCAUGCCUGCCGUCAACGUGUUCACAGCUGCUCCAUGUCCCCUAUCAGUCGUUUGUAAGGGAUGGUGCUUUUUUAUAUUUAAUUUGAUUAUUGUCAUUGUCAUCUUAUGUUUUGGCCAAGCUGGGCAGCAUAUGGGAUCUUAGUUCUCUGACCAGUGAUUGAACCUGAGCCUCCUUCAUUGGUAGUGCAGAGACUUAACCGCUGGACCACUAGGGAAGUCCUGGGGGUGGGGUGCUUUUGAAUUAAUUUUCUAAUUAAUGAUUUUGAUAACACAAGAGUUUAAAGAAUGCUAAUCUGACCAGAUGUUAUGAUCUCACUGGCUUGAUCACACUUUUCAUCCAGUGGUUAGAGGCCCUGUCCUUUCUCAGAAUCACAGCUUCAGACAGUGUAGCAAUAUAGAAGUUACUUUUAAAUAAUUACAUGGAGAUAGAUACUAAGAAAAUGAUAUGUACAUUGGGCAUAAAGACAGGGUUUGGAUUUUGGUUAGGCUUAUUGAGAUAUACUUUAUAGACAGUUAAUUCGUACUUUUAAAUAAACAGUUUGGCAAGUUUUGACAAAUGAAUAUAGUUAUAUAAUUGAGACAUAGAAAAUUUCUAUUACCCCAAAAAGUUCCCUCAGCACAGGAAAAAUUUAAAAGGUUGGUAGGGUGUUAAGGAUAUUUUUCUUUAUUCUCAUUUCUUGAUAAGGUUUAUGUAAUACAAGAGACUAAUAGGCACAAAUCAAACUUAAUUUACCGAACUGUGGUCAGAGCUUCCACAAUAUGCAAAGAUGCCUUAUCCAGAAUCAUUGUAAAGAAAAAGUCAAAAUGUAGGGAAAUGACAGUAACUAUGGUUUCAUUAUCUUAUUCCUGACACAUGUGUUGCAGAAACCAGUACUCGAGAAACCAAGCACCAUGCUCAAGAGAGUUGGAGAACUCAGGUUUACUAUGCCGGCGGGCCCAGAGGAGUUAACACUCCAGGCUCUGAGCCCUGAACAAAGUGGUUACAGAGAUUUUAUAGACAGACUGUAGUGGGCAACACUAGCUGUUAAUAGGCUGGUUUAAACUAAGGGGUUUCACACACAGGAAUAGCAGUCAAGAUGGGGAGGGGGAUGCCUCACCUUUACAUGGACAGGCAUGAUCAAGCAGGUUUGCAGGGGCUGGGCAUUUGCAAAGAGCAGGACAAGGGUGAGAGUUAAACUCCAGUUCCUAGUAUUGUAAGUCCCCACUUUCUGAGACUACAUGACCUACGUGAUCCAGACUUUGCAAGGAGCAAGCUUAGUUACAGAGGCUCGAAGGAGCAGGAGGUUAUGUAAAAUUUUAACUUUUCCUCUUCACAUGCACACCUAUACAUAUGUGUGUGUGUGUGUUGGAAAUAUUAUAUAUUUAUAUGUAAUAUGCAUAUAUAUGUAUGUAUAUGUAUAUAAAUUUUGUCCUAUUUAUUUCCCCAAAACACCAUUUAGCAAGAAGGGGCUCAAGGCACCUGAGAGGAUUAUAACAAGGAAGGGUGGGACUAAGGACUCUUAACUAGCCAGCAGAAAAGAGGAACUUCUAAACAGAUUAUACCAUGAGAGGAAAGCAAGAAAUGUAGGAAAAAGUAAACAGAUCUGCUCUGGGCUGGAAGUGGCUUUUGAGUCCUCCCAGCCAAGAGAGUUAUGAUUUUCUGACUUUUGGUAACUUCUGUUUUCCCAUUUAUUUCCUCCUUUAUUCAUUAAUUCAAUAGGCAUUUAGGGUUUUCGCCUGUUGUUAAUUGAACAUUAUUAUUAUUAUUCAGCACCUACUAGGUGCUGAAGGAUGAGUAAUGGGCCAUUCUUUCUAACUCAGGGCUCAGGGUCGUCAGGUGUCUGGCACUUCAUUAGAUGUUCAGGAGUUUUUUGAAAAGGGCCAUAAUGUAGCUCACAGGAAGGAUAGAUGUGUAAAAAUAAACUUACACAUAGUGUUCUUUCACAACUUUGUAUUUCUUUCUGAAAGUGAAAUAACAGUAUAACCAGUUGACCUCCCCCACCCCCCGCCGAUUUGCUUGAGGACUGCCUGCUUCCCUCCAGAAAGGUAUGUGGGUGUCAUUUUACCUGAGUCAUUCAGUUCUGAGACAUUUGCAUUGACCAAUGACUUGCUAAGUAUGUUAUUUAGGAUCUGUUUAAGAAUAGCAGAGACCCACUUGAAUUAACUCAGAUAUACUUAAUUCAUUAUGACUCCUGUGUGUAUCCUGGCACCCAAGGGUGAGAUUCCAGCAGAGGUGUCUGGAGUCUGGAAACCCAGUAAGAACCUCAUGCAGCACUCAGGCUCAGUCUAAGCAGGCUUUGCACCUUCCAUCUCUUCUCCCCUCUUUGAAUUCCUGUUUUCUUCAUCCCCAGGCACAGGGCAGAAUUUGCUACAGGUCCCACAUUUAUAACUCCAUUCUAGGGACCAGCCCAGUCAUAAUCUCAUAGGUUUGAUUCCAUAUUCUAAGGAAAGACAAUCUGAACUGUCCAGUUUAAGUGCUGACUUCUGGCCUAGUCUCCUCUGAGGGUAGGGUGGUUCACACAAUGCAGUGAGGCUGCUGGGGCCCCACCCUGUGGAAAGGGAGCAAGUACCCAAAAGAUACCUGUGGCCGACUUCUCUGAUGGCCAUCUGUUGUUUUCUUCUUUUGUUGUGCCAUGCAACUUGUGGGAUCUUACUUUUCAACCAGGGAUUGAACCCAGGCCUGUGAAAGCAUGGAGUCCUAACCACUGGACCACCAGGAAUUCCCUACAAUCUUCCUGUCAUUCCUAUAGCUCCAUGUCUCCUAGCAACAAAGAUAACUUCAAGAUUUUUUUUCCCUACUGGCGGGAAGCUUUGGGCAAUUUAUCUUUGAUAGUCUUCCACCAGAUGCACUGACCAUCCUCUGUUAACAUUUCCUGGCUCACAGUGAGCUCAGUCUGUGCAUUCAGAUUCUCCUUUUUGAUGGCUUGUGGCUGACCAGGAUUGGGGUAGAUUUGCUGGUGGGCUUAUGUGAAGUGGCUUCCCUUAUAGCUUAGCUGGUAAAUAAUCUGUCCGUAAUGCAGGAGACCUGGGUUUGAUCCCUGGGUUGAGAAGAUCCCCUGGAGAAGGGAAAGGCUACCCACUCCAGUAUUCUGGCCUGGAGAAUUCCAUGGACUGUAUAGUUCAUGGGGUUGCAAAGAGUCGGACACGACUGAGUGACUUUCACUUAUGUGAAGUGGGGAUAUGCUGCCAAUGAUUUCUGUGCUCUAUGUUUGGGGUAAACCAGUACUUCUGGCCAUGGACUGAGGGAGGCUCUGUUGCUCUUAGAUCUUUUUCUUUGGGAUGUAUGUGUGUAAUUAACUCAGCAGUGGCAAGGCUGACUCUCUGGUUAUAGCUUUCCAUCUUGUUCAUUUCUGCUUAUAGUUCUUCUGCUUUUCCUUCUCUUUUCACAGUCAUUCCAAUGUGGAAGCUGGGUUGCUGAUAAGAAAAACAAAUAGCGGCAUGAUUUCUCCCUUACAGUAGCUUCCAGUGCCUUGCCUCGGAAAGGAAUAGGCCUCUGAGAGAGUAUUUCCCGCGAAUAACAUUUGUCUGGUAGAGAUUUACAGGAACAUCUUCACCUGAUCAUGACCUGCCCUCUAGAACAAAGAAUUUGACAUCAAGAAGUCUGCAGCAACUAACCAUGCCCCUCCCUUACCUUUCCUAUAAAAGGGCUUUGCUGAGAGCUUUUGGGGGGCUUGGGGUUUUUAAGGCCUGGGCCACCCAUCUCCUUGCUUGGCCGUGCAAUAAACCUUUCUCUGUUCCAGA